UCACCUAUCACUGUUACUAAGGAAUUGUUAACAUCUCAGAAUGGCCACCCUGGAAAUACAGAGACCAGCAGCACACCUCAAAGCACAAACACAGAGGUGACCACAUCAACUCUUCCAACUUCCACAAGUGACUCACCUCCUGCACAGACAGCAUCGCAAGGGAUACCAUCUACAGAAGAAACAACCAACCUAUAUACUUCCAGCGUCACCAACCCAAACCAAACCCCAUCAGAGGUCCCAAUAGAAGUAUCCUCUACAGAUUCCACCUCAGAAAAUACAGGGACCACAACUCCAACUGUUUCUCACAGUACUUCUGGCUCAAAGACAAGUUCUCCAAAUUUCCUAUCAAAUGUGACAUCUCCCAUCAUUUCUACUCAGGCAUUGCCAGCAUCUUCUCAGAACCUCCACACUGGAAGCAUGGACACUAGCAGCUCACCUCAAACCACACUCACAGCGGUGACCACAUCAACUUUUCCACCUUUUACAAGUGGCUCACCUCCUGCACAGAGAACAUCCCAAGGGACAUCAUCUCCAGAAGAAACAGCCAAUGUAUUCAUCUCUGGUUUCACCAACACCAAACCAACCAUAUCAGAGGUUCAAACAAUACCAUUAUCUACAGAUUCCACCCCAGGAAAUACAGGAAUCACAUCGCCAACAGUUUCUGAAAGCACUAUACCUGUCAACACUGAAGUGUCAAUGACAAAUUCACCAAAUGUCCUGUCAACAGUCACAACACCCAUCACUUCCACUCGGGAAUUGCCAACAUCUUCUCAGAGCCUCCACACUGAAACUAUGGAGACCAGCAGCACACCUCAAACCACACACACAGAGGUGACCACAUCAAGUUUUUCUCCUUCCCCAAGUGGCUCACCUCCUGCACAGACACUGUCCCAUGGGACAUCAUCUCCAGCUGAAACAACUGAUCUUCUCACUACCACCAUCCUCAACACAAACUCAACCAUGUCAGAGGAGCCAACAACAGCAUUCUCUAUAGAGUUCUCCUCAGGAAAUACAGGAAUCACAUCGCCAACAGUUUCUCCAAGUUCCACACCUGUCAAUACUGAUGUGUCAAAAACAAGUUCCACAAAUGUCUUGUCAAUGGUGACAACACCCAUCACUGCUACUGAGGCUUCUCAGAACCUCCACACUGGAAGCAUGGAGACCAGCAGCACGCCUCAAACCACACUCACAGCGGUGACCACAUCGACUUUUUCACCUUUCACAAGUGGCUCACCUCCUGCACAGACAACAUCCCAGGGGACAUCUUCUCCAGAAGAAACAACCAAUUACUUCUGGCUCAAAGACAAGUUCUCCAAAUUUCCUAUCAAAUGUGACAUCUCCCAUCAUUUCUACUCAGGCAUUGCCAGCAUCUUCUCAGAACCUCCACACUGGAAGCAUGGACACUAG